AUGUCAAUACCCUUACAUUCAGUGCGAUUCAGCAAUGUGCUGACGGAGGAAGGUGUCGACCCCCAAAACAGGGAGAUGACCUGCUCUGGACCAAUGGUAGAGAACAGAGCAGAGGUCCAAAUUCUGCAUUCUAGUGUCCAGCCUAUGGUCUCAAGUUCAGCGUCAGACCCUGGAGGGAUGUCCACACAGCCGAUGACAUCCCCAGCCUUUGACACCAUGGCCGUACCUCUAAUGGGAGCAGCAAACUCUGGAGCACUGUCCCCACCGCUAAUGCCAGCCUCAGACUCUGGGACACUGUCCCCAUUGUUAAUGCCAGCUUCAGAUUCAGAGGCAUUGUCCCCAUUGUUGAUACCAACCUCAGACUCUGGGGUGCUGUCCCCAUUGCUAAUGCCAGCCUCAGAUUCUGGGACACUGUCCCCAUUGCUGUCCACUUCAGAGUAUGGAUUAAUGUCCCCAGGGCUGAUGACAAUUCCUGACUUUGGAACAAUGUCCACAGCACUAAUGGCAACACCAGAUUCUGCAGAGAUAUCACCACUGGCAAUGCCAGCUCCAUCCUCUGAAGCGAUGUCCACACCAUUGAUGCUAGCCCCAAAUCCUGGAGAGAUCUCCCCACUCCUAAUGCCAGACGUGAACCCCGGAGCGAUGUCCCCACAGCCAAUGCCAGCUCCAGGCUCUGAAGGAAUGUCACCAUUGCAAAUUACAGACGAAGACACUGAAGCCAUGUCUAAAGUGCUAAUGACUGCCCUGGCCUCUGGAGAGAUCUCUUCACUGCUCAUGUCAGGCACAGACUCUGAAGCGAUCUCCUCACUGAUAAUGUCAGCCCUAACUUCUGGAGCAACGUCCACCCAGCCAACGAGCACCCAAGACUCUGGGGAAAUGUCCACCCAGCUAAUGUCAGGCCCAGACUCUGGGGUAGUGUCUUCACCACUUAUGACAGCUCCAGGCUCCGGAGCAAUGUCCUCACUGUUCCCGUCAGUCCCUGAUGCUGGAGAAAUGCCCACAUUGCCAAAGCCAGCCCCAGACGCUGAAGCGAUGUCCCCACUGGUCAUGAUGGCCCUAACCUCUGGAGGGAUGCCCACCCAGCCGAUGCCAGCCCAAGGCUCUGGAGUCAUGUCCUCACGGUUAACACAAAAUCUAGACUCUCAAAUUGUGUCUAGUCCGCCAAUGAGAGCAACAGCCUCCGGGGGGAUGUCCACAUCGCCAGUGAGAGGCUCAGACCCUGGAGCAAGGUCGACACCGAGAGUGAGAGCCCCAGCCUCUGGAACAGUGUCCACGCUGCCAAGUACAGCCCCAGUCUCUGAAACAAUGUCUACGCUACAGAUGACAGCCUCAGCCUCUGGGUCAGUGUCCACACCGCAAAUGAGGGCGCCCGUCUCUGGAGCAAUGUCUGUGUCACAGAGGAGAGCCACAGCCUCGGGAGUGACAGCUGUACCACAAAUGAGAGCCUCUGGAGCCCUGUCCACCCCACGGAUGACAGCCACAGCCUCUGGAUCCGUGUCCACACUGUUAAUGAGAGACACAGCCUCGGCAGUGAUGUCCGUGCCACAGAUGAGAGCUAUGGCCUCGGGAGCAUUGUCCAAGCCACUAACAGCAUCCAAAGCCGCAGAAGCAAUGCUCACGCAGCAAAUGACAACUGCAGCUUCUGGAGAGAUCUCCACAAUGCUAAUGAGAGACACCGCUUCUGGAGCCGUGUCCACGCCACAGAUGACAGACACUGCCUCUGCAGCGCUGUCCACACCGCUAAUGAGAGCCCCAGCCUCUGGCGACACGUCCACACCACAAAUGACAGCCGCAGCCUCUGGAACUAUGUCCAUGCCUCUAAUGAGAGCCCCAGGCCCUGGAGCCAUGCCCAUGGCGCUAAUGAGAUCCACAGCCUCUGGAAAGAUGCCCAGUCAGCCAAUGAGCGCCCAAGACUUUGGGGGGAUGUCCAUGUCGCUCAGGAGAUCCAUGACCUCUGGAGGGAUGUCCCUACUGCAGACGCAAGCCCCAGCCUCUGAACUGAUGUCCACACCAAAAAUGAGAGCCCCGGCCUUUGGGGCAGUGUCCACACCACUGAUGAGAGCCUCAGACCCUGGAGAGAUGUCCACACUGCUCACAAGAGCUUCAUCCUCUGGAGAGAUGUCGCCAGCACUAACGAGACCCCCAGCUUCUGGAGAGAUAGCCACGCCUCUGAGAGCCCCAGCUUAUGGAGCAAUGUCUACUCCGCAAAAGACAGCCACAGCCUCUGGAAUGAUGUCCAAGCCACAGAUGAGGGCUCCAGUCUCUGGAGAGAUAUCUACAUCGCUAAUGAGAUCCACAGCCUCUGGAGUGAUGUCCGUGCCUCAAAUGACAGCCGCGGCCUCUGGAGGGGUGUCCAUGCCACUGAUGAGAGCCCCAGCCUCCAGGGCAACAUCCACAACGCAAACGAUGCCCACAGCUUCUGGAGAGAUGUGCAUGCUAUCAAUGCGAGCCCCUGCCUCGGGAGUGAUGUCCCCGCCAUUAUUAAGGGCUCCAGUGUCUGGAAUUACAUCCACACCACUAAGGAGACCCUCAGCCUCUGAAGCUGUGUCCACAGAGUUAAUGAGAGCUCCAGCCUCUGGAAAGAUGUCCACCACACAAACAACAGCUGUGGCCUCUGGAGGGAUGUCCAAGCCAUUCAUUAGAGCCACGGCCUCUGGAACAAUGCCCAUGCCAUUGAUGUCAGCCAUGGCUUCUGGAGAGAUGUCUAUGCCGCUGAUGAAAAACAUGGCCUCUGGGGCAACGUCCACACUGCAAAAAAGAGUUGUGGGUUCUGGAUCUACUUCCUUGCCACAGAUGACGUACGCAACCUCUGGAGGGAUGCCUGCAUCACCUAUGAGAGCCUCAGCUUCUGGAGCAACGUCCGCAUCGCUCAUGAGAGCCUCGGCUUCUGGAAUGAUGUCCAUGCCGCUUCUGAGAGCCACAGCCUCUGGGGGUAUGUCCAUGCCACAAAUGGCGGCCACAGCCUCUGGAAUGAUGUCCACUCUGGAAAUCAAAGCCAAAGACUCUGGGGAAACAUCUGCCUCUCACAUCAACGUCACAGCCUCUGGAUCAAAGUUCACACCACACGUGACUGCCACGACCCCUGAAACAAUGAACCAACCACCAGAGGAAGUCCCAUCUUUUGGCAUGCUGACCCCAGCACUCUGUUACCUCUUAGAAGAACAGGAAGCAGCCCGGGGUUCAUGCUCUGUGGAGGAGGAGAUGGAGGUUGAUGAGGAGAAGCAAAUGAAGGGAUUUUUGAACGAUUCAGAGAAAAUGGCCUUUCUGGUGUCUCUUCAUCUGGGGGCAGCAGAGAGGUGGUCCAUCUUGCAGAUGGAGGUAGGAAACCCCCUCUCCAAUGAAGAUAAAUCUUUCCUGAGCAGAUCCCAGGGCUUAUAUGACUCCCUAUCUGAAAUAGACAUCCUCAGUGCCGUCCUUUGCCAUCCCAAGCAGGGCCAGAGGUCAGUCAGGCAGUAUGCCACUGAUUUCCUCCUGCUGGCCCGACACUUGUCUUGGUCUGAUGCCAUUCUGCGGACCAGGUUUCUGGAAGGACUCUCGGAAGCUGUUGCCACUAAAAUGGGCCGGAUCUUCCUGAAGGUGGCCGGCAGCCUAAAGGAGCUAAUAGACAGGUCUCUCUAUACCGAGUGCCAACUGGCUGGAGAGAAGGAUUUCCCGGGCUGCUCAAGCCAGGUUCUGCCGUCAGCCUGUAAGCGGAAUAACGAGGACGCAAUGGAGAAUGAACUGAACUCUCAGCAGCAGACCGAGGAGCAUCAGCAUGUCCCCAAACGCUGUUACUACCUGAAAGAGCAUGGAGACCCUCAAGAGGGUCUGCACGACCACCUUCGACAGAGCACAGGCCAUCAGAAGGCCGCCACUAACAAGUAA